UUCUUCUUUUUGCAGUGUUGUCGUUUGUGCUGCCAGCUGGGACAAGUGAGUUUGUUGUCAGGCAGUUUGCAAAAUCGCAAAUCGUGUUCCCUUGUCGUCGUCUUACUCUUUCAAAUAAGACGCACGUUGUUUUGUGCGCAAUUUGCAAAUCUUCGGAUAAGGCUCCAGCAAAAUGGGUCGCAUUUUCCUGGCCCACAUCGGUGGCUCGAGGCUUUUCUCCUGCGCCUCGUGCGACACCAUUCUGACAAACAGGUCGGAGCUAAUAAGCACCAGGUUCACUGGAGCUACAGGAAGGGCCUUCCUCUUCAACAAGGUCGUCAACCUCAACUACAGUGAGGUUCAAGACCGAGUGAUGCUGACAGGUCGUCACAUGGUUCGAGAUGUGUUCUGCAAAAACUGUGACACCAAAGUUGGAUGGAUCUACGAAUUCGCCACUGAGGAAAAUCAGCGCUAUAAAGAAGGUAGGGUCAUCCUCGAAAGGGCGCUCGUCACAGAGACGGACGGCAUUGAUGAGCACAUGGGCCGGGACGACUGACACGAUCACUCGCCAAGAGGCUCAAGUGCAUCAUCCCUUUGAGACUGACGAAUCUCAAGUGCACGAAUUCAUUUCAACCGCGCCCCAUCUCAAAAUCCAUGUUUUGGCCGGACUAGAUUUGAGUGAAAUGAUUACAAGAGAGUGAAAUUCUGAUAAUAUGCUCGAUCAUAAGCGUUAUUUGGAAACAUGGAUGCAUAAAUUAAGUUCUAUUCAAACCUUCUUUGAUGAUCUAAAUUAAUUAUCCAGAUUUGACUGUUGCAUCCAUCAAGUUUGCUUUUAAUUUAGAGCAUUCUAGUUUAAAGCUUCCUUCCAUACCUAUUUAUAAUUUCUCAAUAUGGUCCGAGGUUAAAGUUUCUUUUUAUUUAAUCAUAAAGAUUUGAAUCAAAUCAAUAUAAUUUAUUUAUAUAUCUAGAGUUUUUGGGAAAUAUCAACCCAUAAUUAAGUGUGUCGAUAGGCUAGUGAUACUAAAUAUUGUAAAUUUCAAUAAGUGUUAAUCAAAGUUGUGGGUUUAUCGGAAUACAUUGAAACGUCCAACUUUCUUUUGAUAAUCAUUGCACAUGUAGUGAGAAUAUUUCAAUAAACCAUGCGUUGCACACGA